AUGGAGACAACCGAUAGCCUAGCAUCUAAGCGCAGGUUGACCCGCUCGUCGCUGGCCUGCCUCCCCUGUCGUUCCCGCCACAUCAAAUGUGAUGGCCAACGCCCGCGAUGCGCCAGGUGUGUCGAGACCUCCAAGGAAUGUGACUACACCGAGUCUCGUCGUGGUGGGCUUGACCGUGCUGCGCUGGCAGAACGACGCAGGAAGCUGACUGCCGCUGAGAGUGGCUAUCCUCCAAGCCCGCCUAGGUCGACGGGGCUUCAGCAGGAUCACAACGGCCUUGACCUCGCUGAGGAUGUUGAUAUUGGCAUCGAAUGGGUCAGUGAAAUCACACCGCCACUCUCUAUUGAUUACAAUAUUCCCAAUCCGGGAACCCUUGACCCCUUGGUGGACUCAUACUACAAGAACUUCCACAAGUUUCACCCCGUGGCUCCCCCCCGAAACCACCUGAUUAGACUUUGCCAAGACAUGGUCAGGGCAAACCAACUGAAUCCCUUGAUCCAUGUUUUGCGAUUUAUUGGCCAUAUAUACAGCUAUCGAGAAUGGUCGACCCCACUAAGGAGUUCCCUUGAAGCCUCACUCACGCAAGUCCCAGACAAAGAUCCUAUCGCGGCCCUAUGCCGGCUUCUAUACUCCAUCCCGCUGUUUUGGUUUGGCUACAAUGCAGAGGCUAAGCAACAAAUGGACAUGGCUGCCACGAUUGCCCUUGAGCUAGGAAUGUAUCAACAGGGGUUUGCGCCGCUUCAUGGCAGCGGAGACCCCGUUCUGGCCGAGAUGUGGCGCAGGACCUGGUGGCUGCUUUACGUUGUCGAUUGCUCUUACGCAGGGACAUUGGGUACUAGGAUUUUCGCCUUCCAGCAUGUCAAGCACACCACUGACUUGCCAUGCGAAGACCACGAGUACGAAUCUGGAGACAUCCCAGAGCCUCGAACUCUCGAAGAGUUUGACUCCCGGGAGUUCAGCUUCGAGGAAACCUGUUUCUCCUCCUUCGCCUAUCUUAUCGGUGCUGUACGAUGCGGCAUAUCGGCCAUGACUAGCUUGCCACAAUUCGUCACCAAAGAGGACUCGGAACAGUUGAUUCAGAAAUUCGACUCAACCGCCGAUGCGUGGCUUCUUCUUCUCCCCAAGUCCAAGCAAGUCAUGUCCAAGACUGGGGAGAUUGAUGAGCUCAUGUUCCAGGCGCACCUAAUCCUUCAUGUUGCUACUAUUGGUCUGCAUAGGCCGUUAUCGGAUCUCAAAUUCAACGCGGUCGAGGACAUAUCCAGCUGUGCUCGAGAGCCCCCGCCAGACACACCAACACCUGAGCUUGUGAACGUGCACACGGUGCGGAUUUUGCGCGCGGUUGAGGCCCAGAUACGUCUCUUAGCGUUGCCAGUUAGGCCCUUCCACCACUCGCCAUUCACGACCUGCACAGUCAGUGAGGGCACCCUUGCGUUGCUCUCUGCCUGCAAUUAUCUGUUGAAGGGAAGGGAUCUCGAAGUGGCAAGGGAUCAAAUCCGCCUUCAGAUCGGAUGUCUCAAGGUGCUGGCCGAACUGUGGCCCAGGACCGCCCGCAAUGUCAAGGAGAUUCAGAUCAUCGCACGCCACGUACUCAAGUUGGAAUACAGGAACGAUGGGACCAGCAGCGAAUCAUCCGGUUCAAACCAAGGGUCAAGCCUUUUACGUGGAAGUACAGGUGUAUGCGAUCAAGACGGGUCACCAAGCGGUAAUAUCUUUGCCAAUGCCGACCUGAUGGAUGGAGCUUGCGGAUGGUAUGGUACCCUUGGCCCAGAUGGAGGCAUUUCCAAUUGGUGGAUGAAUGAAUAG